AUGGUUAGGAACCCUUCAUUCCCACUACCCCAACUCCUCUCAGCUGAUGAAUUGUUCAUCGAUGGCGUCCUCCUCCCUCUCCUCCUCCUCCCACACCAUUCUGAUCCACCGGACCCAGAAGAAGACAAAGUCAAUUCAGAAAAUCCUAAUCAUGAACCUGAGUCCUUAGCCGUGUUAUUGCCCGAGUUAAUGACUGGGUUAUCUACAUCUAAGCGAUGGAGGGACAUUUUCAAGAUAGGGGAGAACAGAACAGCAGCCAAAACGUCCUUCGCAGGCGGCGAAGACAAUAAACGCAUUCUCACGGAUACAUUGAAACUGCCGACCACUCUUUCCUCUCUAAUUCAGAGUUCAGUCGCCGUUUUGGCUGUUUUUUUUGUUUUUCUUUGGAGGGCGGAGGGCGGAGGGCGGAGGGCGGAGGGCGGUGGCGGUUUCUGCCUUCACGGCUGUGUGUGCCACUGCUUUCCAAGUCCCCAGAUACCAAAUGCUGUUGUCUCCGUUUUGACGAUCGGUGCCACAUGGACAGUUAUGUCGAUGUCUGAUAGUGAUUCUUCCUUCCCUAACAGUGCUUCAUUUGUGCAGAUGAGUCAUCUGGGCCAUGAUCUCAACUCGGAUCCUUCCCCAAUCAGUUAUUGGAAAAUAAGUUAUACAAAAUAGGCAGAUUCGUGAUCUCAUUUUUGCUUAAGCUAUAGCUUUUAAGCUGGCUCCGAACUUGGCCUCAUAGCCCAAUCUGAAGUUUGUGGUGGUUAAAAUUGAUUUGAACAAGCCUAUACUUGCCCCUUAGUGGGACUGAGCUGGUGCUGAGGCACAUGACAAGGCAGUGCUCUUUCUCUGGUUUGAGUUAGUCCCAGAAAGAAUAACUUGUUAUACUAUUCUAGGGAUAAUGCGUGAGUAGGGUUUUUCUGGAAAUUAUUGUUUUGUGAUAUAGAAUCCCAGUUAUCUAUGUGAUUAAUUAUUAAACCUUGAACCUUAAAUCAACCUUAGGGCCUGUUUGGUCUGAUGACUCCGAUGUGAAAUGAAAUAAACUAAAGUAAAUUUAAAUUAGAGCCAAACAAA